UAUAUAUAUAUAUAUAUCUAUAUGUAAACGUGGAUCUAGGUUGAUUGUUAUAUAUAUAUAUAUAUGUGAAUAUGUACAUGUAAACGUGGAUCUAGGUUGAUUGUUACCUACCUACAACCUACAACUACAAGAGAAAGAGAGAAAAUCCGCUUCACCCAGUACUAGUGGUGGUGGUGCGGUGGCGGUGAAGAAACAGAAAUGGUAUCGUCUGGGCGGCCGAGGAGUGAUUGGAGUGGCAGUGGUGGGAUGCGGAAGGUGGUGCUGGGAUUAGGAUUUUGGGUACAAGGGUUAAGGUGCUUCCCAUGGAUGGCUGUGAUUUUCUUUCUGAAAGAUGGUCUGAAAGUGGAUCCGGCCACGCUCCAACUGCUUCAGAACUCCGCCAAUCUGCCAAUGGUUGCCAAACCCAUCUACGGUCUCAUCUCCGAUUCCUUUUACAUUGCUGGACAGCACCGCAUUCCUUACCUUGCCAUUGGAGCUUUAUUACAAGCCGUGUCAUGGCUUGCUAUUGCAUUGCUUCCUCAAUCAAGCAUGUCAUUCUUCACAAUCACCAUAUAUCUCCUCCUUGGGAAUCUUGGUGCCUCAAUAGUUGAGGUUGCAAACGAUGCAAUUGUUGCAGAGACUGGAAAGCCGUCGACUUCCUCUUCUAAGAAUUCACAAUCCUCUUCCUCUGGUGAGCUCCAAUCAUUUGUUUGGAUGGCUUUGUCCAUUGGUGGAGUCCUGGGAAAUCUAUUAGGUGGUCUUGUCAUUGACCGAUUCUCCGCCCAAGCUAUGUUCCUCUGUUAUGGCAUCCUCCUUGCUAUCCAAUUUCUCGUAACAAUUUCCAUACAUGAAAGCUCUCUUAAACUCCCAAAGAGUGCAUCCGAUGUCGGGAUCAGAAAGCAGCUUUCUCAGCUUCUAGUUGCAUUACAAAAACCUGAAGUUGCCAACUCAAUAACCUGGUUUGCAGCAUCUUAUGCCAUAAUUCCAGCCCUGACAGGCACCAUGUUCUUCUAUCAAACGCAGCACUUGAAAAUUGAAUCAUCAGUCUUGGGGAUUUCUAAGGUGUUUGGGCAGGUGGCAAUGCUUCUGUGGGGUGUUGCUUAUAAUCGGCAUCUAAAGUCAAUCCCGCCAAGGAAACUGAUCUCAGCUAUUCAGGCCACCAUGGCUGUUUUCAUGGUUUCGGAUGUUCUAUUUGUGAAAGGGGCGUAUCAAAAAAUGGGGGUACCAGACUCGCUCUAUGUCGUGGUUUUCUCAGGCUUUUUAGAGGUUCUGUACUUCUUUAAGAUUCUCCCAUUCAGUGUUCUCAUUGCACAGCUCUGCCCACCAGGCUGUGAGGGGUCUCUAAUGGCAUUUCUCAUGUCUGCCAUUGCUCUUGCAAUGAUAGUGAGCGGAUAUUUUGGCGUUGCACUUGCAUCAAUUGUUGGUGUGACGGGAAACAAUUUUUCGGGUUUGCCUCAUGGUCUCAUUAUACAGGCAGCAUGCACACUUCUACCGCUCUAUUGGUCCUCAUGUAUCCAUGAUGAUGCGAAACCAAAAACCAAAAGGAAGGAAAACUGAGAGCACUAGUUAUACUGGCAGUAGCAGCUCCACUUUGAAGGAAGUGAAUUUUUUACUCAAUUUUUUUUUUUUGUUCUCUAGAUUAAUUGUUAUAUUUUUAUAUCAUUAGAUAAGUAUUUCAAUAGUGUUGUGUUCUCCAUAGUCUUUGUAUAAUAUGACUUCUAUGUUAUGGUUGAACUCACUGUUCUUAUUCAUCAAAACCUUGUGGUACACAGAGACAUUGGAUUGGACAUAUCAAAGCAAGUUGUGACUCUCUGGCUUUUUCACAUUGUGGGAAAAAAAAUCACAGCACAACUUUCAUGCUUGAUGGUAAGGCUGAUCAUAGAUGAGGCUGGUAAGAGAAACGAGAAAUGGCUGCGUUAUUUUGGAGUGAAUAUGAUUUUCUGAGAGGUGGUGCUCCCAGGCAUCUGGACUGAAUAUAUAGGGUAUUCUAUAUGUUUAUGAGCUUGGAAUCUGAUUCUAAGGUAUACAUCAAAGAAUUGUUUGAACUGGUUGCAGACUUGGUUUAUGAGGUCGAUGAGUUGAACAUUGGCAAUGUUGGGCUGCGACUGCUAACCAUAAAAUCACAAUUUGAAGUUUGGUCUUGCAAGAGAGAGUCAGUCCUUUCUCUGUCUUCCUCUCUCAACAACUUCCAAACAAGGUGUUAAAUUCAUUUGUAUUGCAGAGAAUAUGACCUCAUCAACCGGCAAGAACCAGAUCCUCUCCCGUAAUAAUUUUUGUGUUGUAUUUGUUGUGCAUAUGAAGUACUUUUUUCUUCCAGAAUGCAACAUCAUUAUUCCACGAAUGCAACAUCAUUACUUCAUAAGCACAGGUGUAAAUUGUAAUAUUAGCAUCUUUUAUUCUUCACUCUCCAAAAUUCUCUGUUAUGCGCCUUCCUCUUCAAUUCAGUUUCUUUGAACUUUUAUCCUUC